AUGGCUGAAAUCAAAAAUCAAUACAGAGAAAUUAGCCGAGAAAAUCAAGAGUACAAGGCUAUAAAAGCGCAGCUAACACUGAAGGUGUCUUCCCUGGAAAUCAAGGUCCGAGAUCUGGAGCAGUACUCUCGACGAGAUAACAUUGAGAUCAGCGGACUGCCAAAGACAGUGGGCGAGGACGAGAGGAGUAUCCUGCGGGACGUGGAACGAGCUAUCGGCCUGCAGGUGAACGAAAACACUGUAGUCGCUUUCCAUCGAGUUCCUACCUACAGCAAGACAAGAGCACUCCCCAUCGUAGCCAUGUUCACCACCAGAGACCAGAGAGACACCUGGAUACAAGCCUUCAAAAAGAAGAAGACGGUUAUGGCCUGUGAUAUUAAUGACAAAUUCUCUGCCACCAGGAUCUACAUCGGCGAACACCUCACCCCAGAUAACAAACAACUUAUGCGUAAGCUGAAAGACGCCUGUAAGGAACUCAACGUCAAGUACGUGUGGUGUAGGGAAGGAAAGUUCUAUGUGAGAAGAACCGAAGGUGCGACCAGUGAAAGGGUGAAUAGUGUCGAAGAUCUGCAGACAAUCAAAUAA